UAUAUUUAGAAACAAAUGACAAUGAUAGAAACCUUGAAAUUGGACAAAAGAAGUGGUGGUUGUAGUCUUUGUACAUGUUAUCUGACUCCUCUGACUUUGCUCCAUCAUCUCCACUUUUCUUAGCUUUACCAUAAUAAUACUCUCUCUCUCUCUCUCUCUCAUUAUUUCCAACGUCCCAAGUAGCAUAAUAUCACUCAACUAGUAUCUACCAUCAAGUUUCUCCUACUCAUUCCUUUCCUUUUUAUCAAAGAGUAAUAUGUGAUGAUUACAUAACACUUUAUGCUUCUGAAGGGACUGUGAUUUAUUCAACAUGAUGAUUCCAAAUUUGAAUCUCGAAGCCGAAAACAGUUUAGAAGUAAGCAGUCAAGUAGGUUCCAACCUAUACUUACAAGAAACAUCUCAUGAUCUUACAAAAGACAGUGCCACAACUUCUUCCUGUCUUACAAAUCUCACUAAGCCUGACAUUGAUCCAGGUCCCGUUUCCCUCGACCUCACCCUAAACUUCAUUAAUCCGAGCGACGAAGACUCAAAGGAAACAAGCGACACCAACAGCGAAACAAAAGCCGAGGCUCACGCUGCUAAUUCAGCUCUGCGAGUUCACAGAAUUUUCUCUUGUAAUUAUUGCAAGAGGAAAUUCUUUAGCUCGCAAGCGUUAGGCGGACAUCAAAACGCUCACAAAAGGGAGAGGACAGUGGCAAAACGCGCUAUGCGAAUAGGAAUGUUCACCGAAAGGUAUACGAGCUUAGCUUCUUUACCUCUUCACGGUUCUUCUUUUCAGUCUCUUGGUAUUAUUGAAGCUCAUGCUGCAAUGCAUCAAAAACAAAUGCAAUCAUCAUCGUCGAUGAAGGCUCCUGCAGCAAAAUUCGAGAAAGAAUGUUUCGGUGCAGCAUCGAUGUUGAUGCAUAAUGACCACGAUGUUGGUAUAUUUUGGCCUGGAAGUUUCAGACAGAUAGAUGAAAAUGCUGGUAUUAAUUUGAGGUAUCAAAAUGCUCAUAGUUCAAAUUUGAAUACUAUUUUUGUAGCGAAAUCGCCACUUCCUCCUCCACAAACAUCUACAUCUCCUGAUCUCACUCUGAGGCUUUAAGAUUUUUUCAUGUUGAUUAAAUUCUAAUAUUAGUUUUUGUGAUAAUGAACAAAACUAUAUCUCAUGUUCAUACUUCUUAAGCCGCAUAAGUUUUUUUGCCUUUAUUUUUCGUUCUCUUUGGAGAUGAAAUUACUACUAAUUAAUAACUGUGCUUGCAUUGUACAGUGAGAUAUGUAUUUCUAGUGACAUGAUUUAUCUCCUUUUGAAAUUUUUAGUAUUAAUUGUUUCUUAUAGUUGGUGUUUCAUUU